AUGCGUCCCGAGGUCGAGCAGGAGCUCUCGCACACGCUGCUCAUUGAGCUGCUCGCAUACCAAUUUGCCUCGCCCGUGAGGUGGAUUGAGACGCAGGAUGUCGUCCUCGGCGAGAAGACGACGGAGCGCAUCGUCGAAAUCGGCCCCGCAGACACGCUCGGUGUCAUGGCGAAGCGCACACUCGCCAGCAAAUACGAAGGACACGAUGCGGCGCGGUCGCUGCAGCGUCAAAUUCUGUGCUACAACAAGGACGCCAAAGACAUCUACUACGAUGUAGACCCAAUAGAGGAGGAACCAGAGGCUCCAGCGGCGAGCAGCGGGGGUGCUUCAUCAGCGCCCGCCUCUGCACCCUCCGCUUCAGCGCCCGCUGCUGCUGCAGCACCACCUCCACCAAGUGCUGGACCUGCAGCCCAGGUGCCAGAUGCGCCAGUCACAGCCACGGACAUUGUCCGGACACUGGUGGCCCAGAAGCUCAAGAAACCGCUCGUGGACAUCCCGCUGAGCAAGGCCAUCAAGGAUUUAGUCGGAGGCAAGUCUACCCUACAAAACGAGAUUCUCGGAGACCUGGGCAAGGAGUUUGGCUCAACUCCCGAAAAGCCCGAAGAUACCCCUCUCGACGAGCUCGGUGCUGCGAUGCAGGCUACAUUCAACGGUCAGCUUGGAAAGCAGUCUUCUUCUCUCAUUGCCCGCAUGGUGUCAGCCAAGAUGCCUGGUGGCUUCAACAUCACAGCUGUGCGAAAGCACCUCGAGACAAGAUGGGGACUGGCGCAGGGACGACAAGACGGAGUUUUGCUGCUCGCCAUCACCAACGAGCCAGCUGCACGUCUCGGCUCAGAAGCCGACGGCAAGGCUUUCUUGGACGAGCAGGCAAACAAGUACGCAGGCAUUGCCGGAAUCAGUUUGUCUGCCCCUACAGCCGGUGGCGACGCUGGUGGUUCGGGUGGUGGCAUGAUGAUGGACCCUGCGGCCAUUGACGCGCUUACCAAGGACCAACGCGCACUCUUCAAGCAGCAGCUUGAGCUUUUCGCACGAUACCUCAAGAUCGAUCUUCGUGCGGGUGACAAGUCCUUCGUCGACUCGCAAAAGGCGCAGUCUACGCUCCAAGCUCAGCUUGAUCUCUGGACCACCGAGCACGGCGAGUUCUACGCCUCCGGUAUCGAGCCUCAAUUCACACCACUCAAGGCUCGUGUCUACGACUCAUCAUGGAACUGGGCACGUCAAGAUGCUCUCACCAUGUACUACGACAUCAUCUUCGGCAAGCUUAAGGCGGUCGAUCGUGAGAUUGUCAGCCGUUGCAUCGCCAUCAUGAAUCGCUCAAACCCUCUCCUUCUCGACUUCAUGCAAUACCACAUGGACCACUGCCCUACUGAGCGCGGUGAGACAUACGAGCUUGCAAAAGAGCUUGGUCAACAGCUUAUCGACAACUGCAAGGAGGUUCUGAACGAGGCUCCAGUCUACAAAGAUGUCGCAGUACCCACCGCGCCACACCUGGAGAUUGAUGCCAAGGGCAACAUGAACUACGAGGAAGCCCCAAGAGCGAGCGUUCGCAAGCUUGAGCACUACGUGCGCGAGAUGGCUGAGGGUGGAAAGCUGUCCGAGUACGGCAACCGCACCAAGGUUCAGAAUGACCUGCAAAGAAUUUACAAGCUCAUCAAGCAGCAACACAAGCUUUCCAAGUCAUCACAACUCCAAAUCAAGAGCCUCUACAGCAACGUCAUUCGUUCAUUGUCAAUGAACGAGGGUCAGAUCAUGCCCCACGACAACGUCAAGGCUAUUGGAGGCAAGAGGGGCCGUAAUGGUCGCGUCAAUGCCUCUGCCAAGCAAGGCAAGGUUGAGACGAUUCCUUUCUUGCAUCUGAAGAGGAAGGACGACCAUGGCUGGGAGUACAGCAAGAAGCUCACUGGCGUCUACCUAGACUGCUUGGAGGAGGCUGCUAAGUCCGGUGUCACUUUCCAGGGCAAGUAUGCUCUUAUGACGGGCGCUGGUGCUGGCUCCAUCGGCGCGCAAGUCCUUCAAGGUCUUAUCAGCGGUGGUGCCAAGGUCGUUGUCACAACUUCCAGGUUCUCCCGCGAAGUCACCGAGUACUACCAAUCCAUGUACUCGCGGUACGGUGCUCGGGGCUCUCAACUCAUUGUUGUACCCUUCAAUCAGGGUAGCAACCAGGAUGUUGAGGCUCUAGUUGACUACAUCUUCGACACCAAGAAGGGUCUUGGUUGGGAUCUCGAUCUCAUCGUUCCCUUUGCCGCCAUUCCGGAGAACGGUCGCGAGAUUGACAGCAUCGACUCCAAGUCGGAGCUUGCUCACCGUAUCAUGUUGACCAACCUUCUGCGCAUGCUUGGAGCUGUCAAGAAACAAAAGCAGACUUACGGUUACGAGACCCGCCCAGCACAAGUCAUCCUGCCAUUGUCCCCUAACCACGGAACCUUUGGUAACGAUGGUCUCUACUCGGAGUCUAAGAUGUCACUCGAGACUCUCUUCUCAAGGUGGCACUCGGAGAGCUGGGGUAACUACCUCACCAUCUGCGGUGCUGUUAUUGGUUGGACUCGUGGUACUGGUCUGAUGGGUGCCAACAACAUUGUUGCUGAGGGCAUUGAGAAGUACGGUGUGCGUACUUUCUCCCAGCAAGAGAUGGCCUUCAAUUUGCUUGGUCUUAUGGCACCACCGAUUGUCGACCUCUGCCAGGUCGAGCCUGUGUGGGCAGAUCUCAACGGUGGCUUCCAGUACAUCCCCAACCUGAAAGACCUCAUGACCGAUCUGCGCAAGGAACUCACUGAGACGAGUGAUAUCCGCAGAGCUGUUAUCAAGGAGAAUGCCAUUGAGAACAAGGUUGUCAACGGCGAGGCCAGCGAAGCCCUGUACAAGAAGGCCACGGUCGAACCCCGAGCAAACAUGAAGUUCAACUUCCCUAAGCUACCCGACUGGGAUACUGAGGUCAAGCCUCUCAACGACAACCUGAAGGGUAUGGUUGAUCUUGAGAAGGUCGUCGUCGUCACUGGUUUUGCUGAGGUUGGACCCUGGGGUAACUCCAGGACACGCUGGGAGAUGGAAGCAUAUGGCGAGUUCUCCCUUGAGGGAUGUGUUGAGAUGGCAUGGAUCAUGGGCCUCAUCAAAAACCACAACGGUCCACUCAAAGGAAAGAGCUACUCCGGAUGGGUCGAUGCCAAGACUAACGAGCCGAUUGACGACAAGGAUGUCAAGCCCAAGUACGAGAAGUAUAUCCUUGAGCACGCUGGUAUUCGUCUCAUCGAGCCCGAACUCUUCAACGGUUACGAUCCCAAGAAGAAGCAACUCAUGCAGGAGAUCCAGAUCGAGGAGGACCUCGAUCCAUUCGAGGCUUCCAAGGAGACUGCCGAGGAGUUCAAGCUGGAGCAUGGCGACAAGGUCGAGAUCUUCGCGAUCGAGGGCUCUGCCGAGUACACUGUUCGUAUGAAGAAGGGUGCUACACUCCUCCUUCCCAAAGCUCUGCGCUUCGAUCGUCUCGUUGCUGGCCAAGUCCCUACUGGCUGGGACGCCAAGAAGUACGGUGUGCCCGAUGAUAUCAUCUCUCAGGUCGACCCGGUAACACUCUUUGUACUCGUCUCUACUGCGGAGUGUCUGCUUGCCAGUGGUAUCACUGAUCCCUACGAGUUUUACAAGUAUGUCCACAUUUCUCAGGUCGGUAACUGCGUCGGUUCCGGUAUUGGUGGUACUACCGCCCUUCGUGGAAUGUACAAAGACCGCUUCAUGGACAAGCCAGUCCAGAAAGAUAUCCUGCAGGAGUCUUUUAUCAACACCAUGAGCGCCUGGGUCAAUAUGUUGCUCCUUUCAUCUACCGGACCUAUCAAGACUCCCGUCGGUGCUUGUGCCACUGCUGUUGAGUCUUUGGACAUUGGUUACGAUACCAUUGUCGAAGGAAAGGCCCGUGUCUGCUUUGUUGGUGGUUUCGAUGACUUCCAGGAGGAAGGUUCAUAUGAAUUCGCCAACAUGAAGGCUACUAGCAACGCUGAGGACGAGUUUGCUCACGGACGUACACCCAAGGAGAUGUCGCGCCCUGCCACAACAACCAGAAAUGGCUUCAUGGAGUCGCAAGGUUGUGGUAUGCAAGUUAUCAUGGACGCCAAGCUGGCUCUCGACAUGGGAGUCCCCAUCUACGGUAUCCUUGGUUUCACUGCCACAGCGACUGACAAGAUUGGUCGUUCCGUUCCUGCUCCAGGCAAGGGCGUGCUGACUACCGCGCGAGAGACCCCGUCCAAGUUCCCAUCCCCACUCCUUGACAUCAAGUACAGGAGACGACAGAUGGAUCUCCGACGCAAACAGAUCAAGCAGUGGCAAGAGUCAGAAAUCCUGUACCUCCAGGAGGAAGUUGCAGCGAUGAAGGACGCCACUGGCGAGGACUUCGACGAGGCUGCUUAUCUUGAGGAGCGUGCUUCCAACAUCGAAAUGGAAGCUAAGCGACAAGAAAAGGAUGCGCUAAACAGCCUGGGCAACAACUUCUGGAAACAGGAUUCACGCAUCGCUCCUCUUCGUGGUGCCCUUGCUACUUGGGGUCUUACUAUCGACGAUCUCGAUGUCGCUUCUUUCCACGGUACUUCUACCAUGGCAAACGACAAGAACGAAUCCGAUGUCAUCAACCACCAAAUGCGUCAUCUUGGUCGUAAGAAGGGCAAUGCGCUGCUGAGUAUUUGGCAGAAGCAUCUCACUGGCCACCCCAAGGGUGCUGCCGGUGCUUGGAUGUUCAACGGCUGCUUGCAGGUGCUCAAUUCCGGUCUUGUACCUGGCAACCCCAAUGCCGACAACAUCGACAAGAACAUGGAGCAGUUUGACUACAUUGUUUACCCAUCCCAAUCCAUUCAGACUGAUGGUGUAAAGGCAUUCUCCGUCACUUCAUUCGGUUUCGGACAGAAGGGAAGUCAAGCUAUUGGUAUUCAUCCCAGGUACCUCUUCGCCGCGCUUGAGCAUCACCAGUUCGCCGCCUAUAAGCAGAAGGUUGAGGCUCGCCAAAAGAAGGCCUACCGAUACUUCCACGACGGUCUUAUCAACAACACCAUGUUCCGCGCCAAGGACAAGGCACCAUAUGAGGAUGAGAAGAUGCAAGAGGUCUUCCUUAACCCGCAAGCGCGUGUCACCAUGGACAAGAAGACCUCUACAUACAGCUAUGCAAAGACCCCUGCUACCAAGAAAGACAAGAAGGCGCAGGAGACAAUGAACAUGGUUGAACAGCUCACCAAGGCCACUGCUUCCUCCAACAGCAAAGUUGGUGUCGAUGUUGAGAGUCUCAGUGCGCUGAACAUUGAGAACGAGACCUUCAUCGAGCGCAACUUUACGGAGAAGGAGAUUGCAUACUGCCAGAAGGCACCAAACCCUCAGGCAAGCUUCACUGGAAAGUGGUCAGCCAAGGAGGCUGUCUUCAAGUCCCUAGGUGUCAAGGGGCAAGGCGCCGGUGCUCCGCUGAAGGAUAUUGAGAUCGUCAACGACGAGUCUGGUGUUCCAACCGUACAGCUCUAUGGUCAGGCUCAAGAAGAAGCCAACCGCGUUGGUGUCAAGAGCAUCAACAUUAGCAUCAGCCACUCUGACGACCAGGCUGUUUCAGUCGCGAUUGCGCAAUGUUAA